AUGGGUCCUCUCCCAGGCGAUUACAGCCCCAUUCCAGAGGAUUCUCAGGCUGAAGAGAUGACAGUAGAGGAGGCUGAAACGACACAAGAGCUACAGUUCAGCAGUUUUACAGCAAAGGACUUUCGCCGGAUUAAGGUUUUAGGCAGAGGAAGCUUCGGCAAGGUUCUACUAGUAGAGUAUCUUCCAUCAAACAUCUAUUGCGCUAUUAAAGUGCUCAAGAAGGACAACAUCGACUCCACUGAUGAUAUAGAACACAUUUUAACAGAGAAGCAAAUUGGACAGUUGGUGAAUCCACACAGUUUUAUAGUGGACUUAUACGCCACAUUCAGCACCAAAAACCAGCUGUUUUUCAUCAUGGAGUUUGUGGCAGGAGGCAGUUUAAGAACCCACCUGAUAAGGAGCAAGCACUUUGAUCUACAGACAACCAAGUUCUACGCUGCUUGUAUAACACUUGGUUUAGAAGGAAUUCACAGCAAGGACGUCAUACACAGAGAUUUAAAGCCGGGGAAUCUACUUAUGGAUCAAGACGGCUACAUCAAGAUCGCCGAUUUUGGGAUGAGCAAAACUGGCAUUGGAUAUGGAGACCGCACCAACACCAUGGUUGGGAGUCCUGCUUAUAUGGCGCCCGAAGUCGUGAUGGAGGAGGAGUACACAAGAGCCGUCGACUGGUGGGCUCUUGGCGUCAUCGUUUAUGAGAUGCUCCUCGGAACGAGACCUUUCACCGGAUACGACAGGGACUUUAUAUAUGAUUCCAUCGUGGAGGAUGAGCCACACUACCCCUCAUCCCUGGACUCCGAAGCAGUAAACUUCAUAUCACAGCUGUUGAAGAAGAAUCCUGAGGAGAGGCUAGGUUCCACCCCGGGGAAUGCCGCAGAUGUAGCAGAACAUCCAUUCUUUAAUGGCAUUGUCUGGGAUGAUAUUAUCGAGAAGAACGUAACAGCUCCGUUCGUGCCCAGCCUAAAUGGACCGGAGGAUGUGGGGUAUUUCGAUGAGGAGUUCACCAAACUGUCUGCGAAUCUGACCCAGCCCAAAGGACCCCCUGCUGAGAUGGCAAGCGAGAUCGAUGAAGCCUUUCUGGACUUUAACUAUGCAGCAUUUUAAGUCCAAAGGGGAUGAUGGGCUGGAGUUGGGAAAAUGCACCACCUGACAGCUCCACCAGGUAAGAGUACCCCAAUUCCACCUGCAGUGCCUUCUCUACCAUCGACCAUAGCAUUACCAAUAAUGUCUCUUCUGCCUCCCUUUCCACUAUAAUACCACCAGCAGUGCCUCCCCUUUCCUUCCACUGUAAUAUCACCAGCAGUGCCUUCCUUUCCUUCAUCUGUAAUACCACCAGCAGUGCCUCCCUUUCCUUUCCACUGUAAUAUCACCAGCAGUGCCUUCCUUUUCACUGUAAUAUCACCAGCAGUGCCUUCCUUUCCUUGCACUGUAAUACCAUCAGCAGUUCCUCUUCUCCUCUUUACACCAAAAUAUGGCAUCAU